AUGGUGAUAGACGGGAUGCCAUGGUUCCAUACACCGAUGUAUCGCCAUUUGGAAUUGCUCAGCGUUGGAUUUAUUGUGUUUUGUGAAAUUGCACUGGGUCCAAUUUGUACCUUUGUUAUUUUUCUCUUGAUUUAUAUCGGUAAUUUUUACAUCAAAGUAAUUUGCUUGUCGUAUUUAGCCUUCAUUUACUAUGACCGACAGACUGGUAAUCAAGGUGGCCGUGGCGUUGGGUUUUCAUUGAUAAGAAAUAUGGGUGUGUGGAAAUAUUGUUUGGAUUAUUUCCCAAUUGAUUUGGUCAAAACUGUUGAUUUGCCACCGGAUCGAAACUAUUUGUUCUGUGUUUUUCCACAUGGAUGGCUUAGCCUCGGAGCCGGUGCAAACUUUAGCUCAAAUCACUCCAAAUGGUCGACGCUCUUUCCUGGAAUUCGUCCAAAAUGUACGACACUUGGUUUUACAAUGCUAAUGCCGGUUCAGCGUGAAAUACUCCUAAGUUGUGGUUUCAGUUCAGCAUCGGCAAGUUCAUUGCAGGCGCUACUAAAGCAGUCAAAUGACCCCAAUCAUGAGUCGAAUCAUGAUGGAUACACAUCAAAUGGGGUCGGUUUAAUAGUUGGCGGUGCUCGUGAAGCGUUCUAUACGAAUCCAAAUGCAUACAAAUGCUAUCUAAAGAGGCGCAAGGGAUUCGUUAAAAUCGCAUUACAAACAGGUGGCUCGCUCGUGCCGGCCAUUUCGUAUGGUGAGAACAAUAUGUACGAAAUAGUCGAUUAUAAGCCCGGUUCGUGGAUGAGAGUUUUUCAAGACACAUUUAAACGAUACACAAACGUUACUCCGAUACAUUAUAAUGGCCGAGGGUAUCUGCAGUGUAAAUUUGGAUUGCUUCCGAGAAAACACCCAAUUACAACAGUCAUCGGUGCACCGAUACAUCUGAAGAAAAUUCAAAACCCAAGCGAAACUGAAGUAAAUGAAACCCAUGCGCUGUUUUGUAGGAGACUCACAGAACUAUUCGAAAAACACAAAAGCAAAUAUGUAGAGAAUUUUAGAGAUGUUCACUUGGAAAUCAUAUGA